AUGAUCAGACACGAUCAAGACCCCCGUUUCAUGAGUAAGGUCUUCGCUAGAUUCAGAGACCUUCUGAAGAGUAAGCAGCGCGCGACGCUAGGAUACCGGCCUCAGGCCAACGGACAGCAAGAACGCUCAGUCCAAACGGUAAUAGCGUAUGUCGCUGAAGUUGACCAGAGUGACUGCGAUGAACAUGCAGAAAGUUUCAUGUUCGCUUUGAAUACCUCGUUCGACGCUGCAAGAUUGGACACUCCGUUUUACCUGGUCCAUGGCUGGGAUGCGAACCAUAUCCGCAAUGCUGGGCCCGAAGCCAUCCACAGUCCAAGAACGAACGGCCUUGGAGUGGCGUCGGAAGAUGCAACGGGAUUAUAG